AUGAAUUGUAAAGCAUUUGAGGUAAUUGAAAUUCUAUUUUUAUUUGCUUAUGCUGAGCUCAGCAUCAACAUCAAGAAAAUUCAUCGAUUGGAAAUAUUUCAACAUAAAAAAAAGUUCACUCAUUCUCGGUCUAUGUUGGGAUGUGAUUAUGUAAUGGAUUGUAGAGACAUUGGAACAGUUUUCGAAUCACUAGUGAUUGAAUCAAGUUUCCUUCAACAGUCAAGAGCUUCAUCUACAGUAAUUCUUCUAUGUUCCUUUUUGAAGCUAAAUAUCUAA